UGCUUUGUAUUACUAAAUAUGUAAAUAAUAUUUGACCUUCGAUCGUAAAGGAUUAAUCCACAACAUGGAUUAAUAUGUGCUUGUACUGUGUCUUUUGCGACGGCGUCGAAAGCGUCUUAUUAUAUUAUAUUAUCUGUCUCUCUCUAAAUGUAAAUGUAAAUAUAUAGACGGUUUCAACGGCAUCAACAUAAACAAACGUUAAUGCGCGUGAGCGCUUUUGUGGACCUAACUUAACUUCCGGUAGACUCCAAAUAGAAUCAAUAACAACAGUCAAGUCCCUCUAGAGUAGAUAUUUUUUGAUAACAAACAAAAUAUGUUUGCUGCGUGGAUCAGGCGGACUUAAUGAAAAUGCAAAUUCAUUCUUUGCCAGCAGGAGAUGUUUUAAAGCAUAGACAUAAAGCGCGAGAAAUAGAGGUUUCCCCAGUAACAGCUGUAAACAAAGCAGAGCUGGUACGCUCACACGCUGCUUUAUCAGGCACAUAACAUGCAAGUCCUCCUUCAGAAAUACAGCGAUAUAAAAACAACUGUGCCUCGUUUUGAUAUUUAAACAUAAAUGUAAGGAAUUCUUAUUAUUAUUAAACGUGCAGUACGUUACGUAAUGUUACGUUACUCGUGUUUAUUUAACGAAGCCUUUUUGAAAAUCGAUCAGUUUUAAAAUUGUGGCGAGUCUCCAAAAAUAAAUAAAUGUAUGGGAAACACAUCCCGCAGCACAACCACCUGAACCAACUUCAGUUUACUCGUCACCUUGGCUAUAACUGCGUUUGUAGAAGGCACUGCAGCCAGACCGAUAUAACACAGACCGGAAGUUAACUUAGGUCCAGGCGCGUGCGCCCGAUGAAACCGUCUAUACACACUAAGCAAUAAAAAAAUUAAAAACUUGUUCUUAUUCAAAUGUACAAUCUGUUCCUGUUUCCAUUGACACUGUGAACCAUGCAGCUUCUUUUUUUUUAUAUAAUCUUUUAAAUAUGUAUUAUAUAAAAUAGCACACUGUGCUACAGCUAAAAUUUGCGCUUUCCUUAAUUUUUCCAUUUCUGUACAAAGAGGUCACGCAGUGACAUAUUGAUCUUCUACAGGUCCCACGUCUUCACAUGAUGCGAAUUCGCAGGUCAGAGUUCACCAAACUUGAACUUUGGAACACAGCGAAAUGCAAUUUAUUUUUAUUUUUUGCAUUUGCGUUUCAGGUCUGACGCAGUCGCAUGUGUAUGAAUGGAAGUAAAUUAUAACGAAAAGUGCAGUGUGACCGCCCCUUUAGUCUGCAAAGAUGAGUUCUCAGGAGAGACAUGGAGCGGCAUCAUCUUCCUCCUCCACUUGUCCUUCAAGGUGACUUGAAUUAAGCUUGUGUUACUGAAGUAACCGAAAACAUCGAUACAAGUUUUAUUCAUGUUACAGUGUGCAACAGUUCGUUGCGGGUUAUUAUUGUCAUUCAGUAACUUCAAGCUGCCUUGAUGGACAAGAGCUCAUCUUUACAGACUGAGACGAACGAAGGUCAAAUAUUAUUGACAUAUUUAGUAAUACAAAGCAUGAGGUAUUGCAUACAAAUCCACUCAAAGUUUUCUUAUCUGGAAUAAUCCCAAUAUUUUGUAUAGAAAUAAGUCUUUAUUUUUUCACAAUUGCUUUAGUAAUGGGUUGUUAUUAGUGAGUCAGUUAUUUAAUGAUGGGACUUUAUUUACAUUUACAGACUUUAUCUCAAGAUACAAAAUACCUAUUACAUUAAAAUAAUUCAAGGUGCUUACUAGGGCCAUUCCUGCAGUUGUACAUGUGUUGUUCAAAAGCAGUGUAUGUACAUCCACACUUUCUGUCUGUCCCCCUAGACCUGAACAUACCUUUGUCGGCUUCUGUUUCUGUUUCUGUUAUCUGUUUCUCGGGUUUAAAGCCUAACAACUAUAAAAUGAUAUCCUUGUUUUUAAAAGAGAAUAUUUCUACGCCUUAUGUUAUUUUAACCAAUAUCUUUAAUAAUGUAAGUUGGACUCAAAAAGGUCAUUACCUCAAAAAUUCCUCCUUACAAAUAAGGUUAAGGAAAUCUCAUAUGAAUUAAUUCAUAGAGUUUAUCCAACAAAAGAAUUCCUACAAAAAUUUUAAAUCGAUAUUGAUUUAAAAUGCUAUUUUUGUGAAUAUUCCACUGAAACAAUUUCUCAUUAGUUUUGUCCUGUCAAUAUACCCUGUGUUUUUGGAAUAAUGUGGAGGUUUUUAUUGCUGACAAUAUCUUAAAAACAUUUUCAUUAUCUUAUAAACAUGUGAUUUGGGGUUAUUAAAUCAAUGAUCACUCUUUAAAGGAUGUAGGUUUUAUUAUAAAUGUAAUUUUAUUUUAAUGUUAAUUUUACAUUCAUAAAUGCAAGUUUACAAAUGGCAAACCUCUUUUUAUUGUACUUAAAAAAGGGAUUAAAAUGUAUGCAGAUGUGAUAUCAAAAUCUAAAAAUAGUAACGCAAAUAAAAUGAUUAAUAUAUGCUGCUCCUUUAACAUUUUUACAUAAUAAUAAAACAAUAAUAAUAAUAAAUAAUGGUGCUGACCUGCAAAGUAUAUUUUUCUGUAUUAAAAUUGAUUAGUAAUUUCCUAUGGAAAUGGAAAUGUAUGUAUAACACACAUUUGUCUUUAAAAAGAUGCUUAUGUACCCUCUCUUAUUUUUUAUUUAUUUAUUUUUUUUACUGUUCCUUUUUUGUUGAGGCAUGUGAAAUGUGUUGUUAUAUAGUGAGAAAUGGCACUGUACAUGCUACUUGUUGACAAUAAAGCAUUUAAAAAAUCAAAUCACAGCAAAAGCUUUCCAAUAUGCGCACACCUGAGUGAUGUCUGUGCUUCCAGGUCAGAGAGCACCUGUCCAUCAAAAGCUCACUAUCCAAUCAGAGUACAUCACUGAUAAGCCCACCACCACGAGAGGUUUGUGUCAAUACACCAAACGAAAAACUGCAAAGCAUAAGCAAAAUCUGUGGCAAUGCACUCAGAAUCCAAGAUAAUCGAAAACGAAUCUUUGAAAAACAUUAACAAAGAAUGCAGCAUAUCUGAAGAGCCUGUUAAAUUCAUGCGACUGAGUUUUUUUUUUUUUUUUCAUUUUCAUUGUGUUUUUCUUCUUUUGUCAUGGCAUAUUUUUGAUAGUUUCUGAAAAAGUUACAUUCAUUUAAUAAAGUUACAUAAUUUUUUUUGAAGCAAAUAUAAUUCCAUAGAAUUAUAGUUAAAAAAAAAAGCCUAACUAGUAAAAUGUUUACACAUUAUGUGAAACCUAAUACAAGUAUAAAAAUAAAUAAAAAGAGACUUACUCUUGUUUAUGAUCUCUGCUGAAUAAAGCACUUCAUUCUUUUUUCUGAGGAAAUCCAACUCAAAUCCUGACGUAAUCCUCCUCACAUAGUCUUGGGGUGAAUUAUGUCUUAUUCCUCUCAGCACGAAGCAAAACAGUAAAAUAUAAAUAAAAAACUUGAACAGUCUUGCUGCUUUGUUUUCUGUAUGGGUGUUUACAAGCUGCACGCUUCACGUGAAACAUUACAAUCUCAAUAGAGAUUUCAGCGAUAUAAUGAAGGUCGACGUGAAAGACGGACACUGCAAUGUUUUUAUAUGGAUUAUUUUAUUGCAGAAUAUUUGUUUUUGGUAGCACUUAUUUAGUGCUACUUAUUUCGUUGAGUAUUCACUGAGUUACAGUUAAUUUUUAUUAUGCGCUUCUAAAUGAAGAUCACUGCAGAUCAAGGCUGCAGACAGCACACCUUGUUUGUUAUCUUUAUUUUAUAAAUGCACAGUUUUGUGGUUAUUAUGUCUGUACACAAAUAAAAGUAGACCCUUUACAGAUUCGAUUGAUGUAUUGCUCUUAUCUGUACAAUCAAAACUGAAAGUGUAAUUUAUGUUCUUUUCGGGGUUAUCAGGAGAAAUAACGCCUCAUCAAGCGUAUACACAGGGAUCAACUCAAGAGGGUUAAGGAUGUAAGUUAAGCACUGUCCUAUAUCCCUGAGGCCACUAUGGCAGAUAAACUCCUCCUUCUGAGGAAAACAACAGUGUGAACUGUCCACGGUUUCAUGGAGAGACAAAGCCCAGCCAUCACUGGCUAUUACCAUGAACUGUGUAGGGCCCUGUGAGCUGAAUAUACAAUGUUCUAGAAUCUGUCUACUUCCAGACUCUCUGCCUUGCAGACUAAGCAAAGUCACACAGAGAGUAUUAUGAACAUUUAGGCAAAGUGUAUUUUGCUGGUGCUGACUCCCCUAGAGCAGAAAAGGAUGUGAUGUUCAAGAGCUUGACACUGGCUCUGAAAUUUUGUUGGUGUCACUUGGACUAUUUAAAGAGCUUAUCCAAGCAACCAACUUGCUAGGAAAGUGGCUUAAGGUAGAGAGCUGUCAAAUCAAGAUAACCAACUACACACAGGACCAGGCCCCUAUCAACAGGAGGGUGUGGGUGGAGUUAACUUGAAAAUUGAAAAUAAUUCACCCUCUCUAUUAGGGGUGUAACGGUACGCAAAAAUCACGGUUCGGUUCAUUUUCGGUACAGUAAGGGAAAAAAAUGCAAACAUUAAACUGCAGGUUGUUUAUUAGUAUAAACUUUUUUUAAAUAAUUUGUUUACACUUUUUUAAAAUACUUUUUAAUAAAAUAUAUAUAAAAUAAAAAAAAGAAUAAGAAAUAAAAUACUGCGGCAAAGUUCUCCACUAAAUAAAAUACUCUCAGUCUCAAACCAACAUCAUAUAAUGUAUAUAAUACAAUAUAAUGAAAAAUAUAAAUAAAUAACUAUGAUUACAGUGCAGCAUUACCAAUCCCAGCUUUUAGGCCUGCUCAUAUUUAAAUAUAUAUAAAUAAAUAUAAAGUGUAAAGUGCAGCAUCAGCAGUUUCAGUUUUUAGACCUGCUCAGAUUUCGCUAUUGCGUUGGCCCGAUCGAAAUUAAGAGCAAAGGUCUGUUCAAAUGCCGACGGGAGCUGCGUUUGAAUUACAAUAAUUUUCCUAGUUGUAGUGAUGUUCACACUCACGCAAUGCCUUUUGAAAACCUUAGAAUCAGCUGCAGGGCAGGAUUUGCACUGAACGCGGAGACUUCCGCCACUUAAUAUGUUCGUUUGGAAACACGAAAAUGUACCUAUGUUCCACACACAAAAUAUUGCAUUCAGUCAUUCGGUGCACACGUCUGAAUUCCACAUCCCAUCAGAGAGACUAGCUCUAGCCUGAAGCUUUGUAAGGCAGUCGAAGUAGAGAAAACAACUGAUACUAGACAGCAGACAAUGCAGGAUCCCUGUCUCAAUGGAGAAGCAUCUGAUGUGAGGGACAUGCAACUCUUAGAAGAUUCAGCUCAUGAGAACAGGCGCUGUUAGAGAAGAAAGAUGCAUGUUUGUGUGCCCUGGAAACUCAUAACAUAAUAUAAUACAUAUAAUCCACAUGUGGCAGUGGGCAUAUGUGUAAAUGAGGCACCUGUCAAGGUCAAGUCUCCCUUAGCCUUGCGAAUAAACAGUUCAAGCACUACAUUCUUGUGGUACCUGAUCUGACACGCUCAGUAUACCUCGGUUCUGAGGUGUUAGUAAGACUGGGAGUGCUGUUAGAUACAGUCAACAAUGAUAGAGCAGAUACUGGUCCUAAUUUGCUAUUUGCCGACAAUUCCCCAGGCAUGUCAGGUAAUGAACGAGUUUGAAAUGGUGGUUCCUGUCCAAACGGCAGAGGUCCCAGUCUGGCUAAUAAAUAAAAAGGGUCAAGAACUGAAUCAGACAGUACUUGCCUUUUUCCAGCCCUCUGCUCAAUUUUGCAAAUUGGGACUCACAAUCUGUGGUAACACACAGCUUGAACUGUACAAUCUACCUUCUGGUACAAAACCUCACAAGAGGAAGUAUACAUAUUCCCCACGCACUCCUCUAGGGUUGACAGGUCAUUUCAUGAUUUUGAAUUAACUAUUCCAGUUAUAGGAGAGCUUCCUUAUUUGACAAUAGAGAAAGAUAGCUAUGAACAAGUGUAUGUCACCUACCCCACCAAAAUGAUUUCCGUCACACCCCACCCAGCUAUGUGUUGAGUAUACUUUGACAGUGAAGGUCCAUUAGCCAUCUCUACCACUGAGUGAUAAGGAAAAUGUGGAACAAUGCACUGAACCAUACCCUGGUUUUGAGGCAGAGGUGCAACAACAGUUAGCACAGGCAGAUGCUCUGGACACAGAGAGUGACAUUUUUACGACAGCAUAAAAAUUCCACUUGCUGCUUUUGACUUUAUUCAGGAUAUUAUUGAUUCCCUGUCAGAGAAAAUUCAAUUCUCCUGUUUAGCUGUAGAUUACUGCCAGCUGAACAAACAGUUUCCCCUGUUUUUUUGGCCCAUAAUACAUCUGGACCAAGAGCUAGAAAAGGUUACUAUGGCCAAAUAUUUAUCCACAGUGGAUGUGGCAAAUGGUUUUUGGACAAUGAAGAUAGACCCUGCAGAUCAGUACAAGUUAACAUUUUCCUUUGGAGGUAUACAGUUAAUUUGGAACAGGUGUCCAUUUGGCUAUUCAAACUACACUGCAGUGUUUAAUAUAGUUCUACACAAGGCGAUAUGUGAUGCAUCUACAUGCAACAAUGUGAUCUAUGUUGAUGAUGUCCUUAUGCGUAGUCAGACCUGGUCAGUUCAUUUAGCUGAAAUAAGGCAUGUGUGAAAUUGUGGGAAAUGCCCACAUUGCCAAAUUAACAAUCUUUGACUGGUGCACUAACCUAAGUGAGGUGGGACUCUCUCACGCUGCAGUUUUCCACAAGUUCAUCAAACAACCGCAGUAAGAAUAUUUCAUCAAGCACGGUGAGUAAUGGCUUCUCCUACAAUUGUUAUUUGCACCUCUUGCCACAUGUACAGUUUAUCUAUCUCUGUCGCUGAUGAGGGAUUCACAUGUGAUAAAUGCAGGGAAACAGUUAGGCUGACAGAGAAGAUUUCAGAAUUAGAGACACGCAUCCAAACUUUAAUUGAGGACAGUAAGAAUGUUAGGGCUCUAGAUAUGGCUUUGGAUGCGUCUAGCUCAGGGAUUCCUGUACAUUGUCCGGUUCCAGCAGAGCCCCUGCAGCUGGGCAACUGGGUGACGGUGAGGCAGCGUAGUCGUGGGUCAAAACACCGCUCUUCUGUUCCGAUCAAAACAUUAAACAGGUUCUCCCCACUCAGUGAUGCACCCACUGAGAAACCUGAUGAAAGUGCUCUAGUUAUUGGUGAUUCUAUUGUACGGAACGUGAAUAUAGAGACACCAGCCACCAUAGUCAAAUGUUUACCGGGAGCCAGAGCGCCUGACAUCUUGGCAAAUUUAAAAGUGCUGGCUAAUGCUAAACGUAAAUACAGUAAGAUUGUUAUUCAUGUCGGCGCUAAUGAUGUUCGACUUCGCCAGUCGGAGAUCACUAAAAAUAACUUUAAAGAGGUGUGUGAACUUGCAAGCACGAUGUCAGACACUGUAAUAUGCUCUGGUCCCCUCCCUGCUUACCGUGGUGAUGAGAUGCAUAGCAGAUUGUCAUCACUCAAUGGCUGGAUGUCUAAGUGGUGCCCACAGAAUAACAUAGGUUAUAUAGACAAUUGGACGAGCUUUUGGGGCAGACCUGACCUGUUUAAAAGAGAUGGUCUUCAUCCCUCCUGGGGUGGCGCCACUCUUCUGUCUAGAAAUAUGGCAAAUAGUCUUAGUGUUUAUACUUGACUAACUGGGGCCCAGGUCAGGAAGCAGACAGACUGGCUAAACCGACCGUCUGCUAGCUGCCUCCCGUCACAGAGGUCAGUUAAUUCUCAGCACAUAGAGACUCUUUCACCUAGAUAUCACACUAUAGAGACUGUGUCUGUUCCACGAACUAGAAAAUACAAAAAACGUCCAAACCAAGUUAAGGUUAACAAUUUAAUUGAGGUUCAACAAAUAAAAAACAAAUGCAAUAUAGAUAAACAAAUGAUAAAGAUUGGCUUAUUGAAUAUCAGAUCCAUUUCUACGAAAACACUUUUUGUAAAUAAUAUGAUAACUGAUCAUAAUAUAGAUGUGCUCUGCUUGACAGAAACCUGGCUAAAACCUGAUGAUUACAUUAUUUUAAAUGAGUCCACCCCCCAAGAUUAUUGUUAUAAACACGAGCCGCGUCUAAAAGGCAAAGGGGGAGGUGUUGCUUCAAUUUAUAAUAACGUUUUCAGGAUUUCUCAGAGGGCAGGCUUCAAGUAUAACUCGUUUGAAGUAAUGGUGCUUCAUAUAACAUUAUCCAGAGAAACCAAUGUUAAUGAUAAAUCCCCUGUUAUGUUUGUACUGGCUACUGUAUACAGGCCACCAGGGCACCAUACAGACUUUAUUAAAGAGUUUGGUGAUUUUACAUCUGAGUUAGUUCUGGCUGCAGAUAAAGUCUUAAUAGUUGGUGAUUUUAAUAUCCAUGUCGAUAAUGAAAAAGAUGUAUUGGGAUCAGCAUUUAUAGACAUUCUGAACUCUAUUGGUGUUAGACAACACGUUUCAGGACCUACUCAUUGUCGAAAUCAUACUCUAGAUUUAAUACUGUCACAUGGAAUUGAUGUUGAUAGUGUUGAAAUUAUUCAGCCAAGUGAUGAUAUCUCAGAUCAUUAUUUAGUUCUGUGUAAACUUCAUAUAGCCAAAAUUGUAAAUUCUACUUCUUGUUACAAGUAUCGAAGAACCAUCACUUCUACCACAAAAGACUGCUUUUUAAGUUAUCUUCCUGAUGUAUCCGAAUUCCUUAGCAUAUCCAAAACCUCAGAACAACUUGAUGAUGUAACAGAAACUAUGGACUCUCUCUUUUCUAGCACUUUAAAUGCAGUUGCUCCUUUACGCUUAAGAAAGGUUAAGGAAAACACCAUGACACCAUGGUAUAAUGAGCAUACUCGCACCCUAAAGAGAGCAGCCCGAAAAAUGGAGCGCAGCUGGAGGAAAACAAAACUAGAGGUAUUUCGUAUUGCUUGGCGGGAAAGUAGCAUAUCCUACCGAAAAGCAUUAAAAACUGCUAGAUCUGAUUACUUUUCUUCUCUUUUAGAAGAAAACAAACAUAACCCCAGGUAUUUAUUCAAUACAGUGGCUAAAUUAACGAAAAAUAAAGCCUCAACAAGUGUUGACAUUUCCCAACACCACAGCAGUAAUGACUUUAUGAACUACUUUACUUCUAAAAUCGAUACUAUUAGAGAUAAAAUUGCAACCAUUCAGCUGUCAGCUACAGUAUCACAUCAGACAGUGCACUAUAGACCCCCUGAGGAACAGUUCCACUCAUUCUCUACUAUAGGAGAGGAAGAAUUGUAUAAACUUGUUAAAUCAUCUAAACCAACAACAUGUAUGUUAGACCCUAUACCAUUCCUCAUUUUCAUUAGGAUAUGUCCCCAAAACCUUCAAACUGGCUGUUAUUAAACCUCUCAUAAAAAAAACACAACUUGACCCCAAAGAACUAGUUAAUUAUAGACCAAUUUCGAAUCUCCCUUUUCUGUCCAUGAUACUAAAAAAGGUGGUAUCCUCACAAUUAUAUUCCUUAUUAGAGAAAAAUGGUAUAUGUGAGGAUUUCCAGUCAGGAUUUAGACCGUAUCAUAGUACUGAGACUGCUCUCCUUAGAGUUACAAAUGAUCUGCUCUUAUCAUCUGAUCGUGGGUGUAUCUCUCUAUUCGUUUUAUUGGGUCUUAGUGCUGCGUUUGACACAAUUGAUUACAGCAUUCUUUUGCAUAGACUUGAACACUUUGUUGGCAUCAGUGGAAGUGCAUUAGCAUGGUUUAAAUCGUACUUAUAUGACCGCCAUCAGUUCGUAGCAGUGAAUGAAGAUGUAUCAUAUCAAUCACAAGUGCAGUAUGGGGUACCUCAAGGCUCAGUACUAGGGCCGCUACUCUUCACGCUUUAUAUGUUACCCUUGGGAGAUAUCAUCAGGA